AUGGAGUCAUGGUUUUGGAUCCUUGGCUGGUUUCUUUCAAUUCUGACGAUAACUGGAAAUGGAUUCAUUAUCUUCCUUGUGUGCAAAAAACGACAACUCCGCACCAAAACCAACGCUUUUGUCGUGUCACUUGCAGUGGCAGACUUCUGUGUUGGGAUAAGUGCGUUUCCUUUGCUGUUUUUGUACGAGAUGACAAGAGGUCGCAACUUUUCGCCAGCAUUAUAUAAAGGAGUUUUAAUCUCACGCUGGUUUUUUCAAGAUGCCUCUGUAGUGUGCCUGUGCAGUUAAGUACUGGAGCGCUAUAUUGCCAUCGUGAAGCCUUUUAAAUACGUGACCUCAAUGCAUGGUCAUCGCGUUGUCCAAAUGAUAUUUUUUCCUUGGGCUGUAACUGUUAUUUUUAUUUUACUUGAGUCUUUACUCUGGAUUGGUUUAAAGUCAUCCUUUAUAUUGAAAAUUUUUAUUUGGCUUGUUAUUACUUUCUUCGAGUUUCUACCAUGCUGUUUGGUCAUUUUCUGCUUAUUUUGUAUGUUACGCGUUGUGUAUAAACAUAAACGUGCAGUCAGUAUUUUGACUCGACAGUUACGUUUGAACCAUUGUGUUUCAUAUAGACCUUACGAGAACUCUGCUGUUGUAAUGGUGACAGUUGUAUCAGGGAUCUUUCUCGUUUGCUAUGGUCUUUACUUGCGCUGUGGUUUUAUGAUUGUUUUUAACAUAGUUCCAAACUGUUCUCAUUUCAAAUCCUAUCAAAUGCCUAUGUUGGUUUUUAACUCCGCUUUCAACCCUUUGGCUUAUGCUUUUUUUAAACGGGACAUAAAGAAGGAGAUUAAAAGGUUGUUGUACGCAUGGACUUUGAAAAAACAGCGUUCAAAAAAUAUUCGUCAUUGUUAUGGUUACGACGUGAAACGCAUCCCUGUAACGCGCAGUGCUUUGGGAGAAAGACGCAAAGUAAUAGGUAGUGAACUUUAAAAAAGAAAACUUGAAUUUAGCAAAUCAGAUAAGGGGAAAUCCAAGAGAUAUUAAUAAAAGAUAAACGUUUGCCUUGCAUGAUAACUGACGGACAAAUUCUAGUGAAUAAAAAUUUUCAGUGCGAGAAGCUUUAUUUACGAUGCACACAGAGUAAUUGAUAUCUAAAAACCUUAAUGGCUAUUUAUGGACUGACAGGUCAUUAAAUUGACGCAACGUGCUUUUAAAUGUCGAAUUUUAUAAAUGGUUUUAACUCUUGUUAAAACCUCUAAAUUAUUAAAAAGGCUGACAUGAAAGGACAUUACCAAAAGUAAAUGUGAAAAUGAUACCUUUUAAUAUCGACUGCUGACUUUAUUGGUCGGGGAGGGGAGCGAGGGAGAGGAAGCAGGGGGUGGUCUGAAAGUAUUUAAAAUUGUCCAAAUUAGAAAGAAACGACAGUAAUGAAACUCUUGCAAUAGAUCGCGCCAAAUAUUAUAAAUAUGGCGCGCAAUUUUAUUACCCUUUAAAGAAAGAGGUAUGAGGCUAGCACCUAAUUUAACCUUUAUGCCUCACCUAGCCUUAGGAUUUCCUUAAAGCAUAAAGUCGAGCGAAAGUGGAUAAGAUCAAAGCAUUUUCCCUUAGGUGAUCAUUUUAUUUAUUGUCAUAANUAGUCAGUCGCUCACUCGUAGUAGACGGACAUCGGGUCGAGGCUAGUCCGAAUUCUAGAGUGCGAAGAUCUAUCGUUUCCGAAGAAGCACUAGUCUGCUACACAGCCGUUUUUAGAGUCGUCACGCAAUGCUCCUCCCCACUAACGGCUGCUGAAAACCGAACUACAUUCCUUUCCAUUUGCGUUUGUAGUCUAACGAACAAGCCAAUCAUGUGGUGAUAUAAGGGUGAAAAUAUUAAUUCUAGCUCCGUUAUUUUCAUUCUAAGUGCUUGCUUGGAGUUGUCUCAAGUUAAGUGAUUUGUCUGGAAAUAAUAACAAAAACUUUUAAGUAUCUUGGGCAUAUACUGUAGUAGAUGUCAUAUUUCGACGUUAUGUCUGAGAUAUUUCCGAGAGUCAACACAUGAUGUGUUUCAUAUGUAUUCACUUGAGGUCAGUGCACAGGCCGUAAUUAUGUGUGCAAAGAGAUUUAAAGUUUUUCGUGUUUGUUUUGUUUUGUUUUUUUUUCUCACCCCUUUUGCAUUUUCAACACUAAAAGAUAUAACAAUAGAAAUUAUAUUUCUCGAACUAAGAAGAGUUUUUUUUUUUUACUAGCUAUAACUUGGGUGCAAUAGGUAUUAUAAAUUUAAUGAAGUAGAGCCAAGGCACAAGAGUCAAUCAAGCCCCUUCUGCUUUUGACAAUGCUAAUUUUUUGGCAUCUUUUUGACCGAGUAUGUGCCAUAAUUUACAUCCUGCCCCCAUGUUAAUUACUCAUGAGCAGAUGGUUCUACAUUUCUGUGCUCCUAUAACUGAGACGAAGAUAAUUUUUACAUACACUAAGACGGAAGCGUGGUUUUGGGUUCUUGGCUGGUUCCUGUCCAUUCUUACGAUUAUUGGAAAUGGACUUUAUUAUCUUCCUUGUGUACAACAAAACCGCACAAAAACCAACGCGUUUGUGCAUGGUGUCACUUGGAGUGGCAGACCUCUGUGUUGGGAUAAGUGUGUUUCCUUUGCUGUUUUUGUACGAGAUAACAAGAGAUCGCAGCUAUUCAUGAAGUUUACAGAAAGGGAUGUUGAUCGUACGCUGGCUUUUUCAAGACGUCUCUGUGGUGAACCUUUGUAGUUUAGUAUUGGAGCGCUAUAUUGCCAUCGUAAUACCCUACAAAUAUGUGACUUUUAUGGCCCGUCGUCGAGUUGUCCAAAUGAUUUUCGUCUCCUGGACAAUAACUGUUAUUUGUAUUUUUCUUGAAUCGUCAGUUUGGAUCGGGAUGGUUUAAAUUCAUCUUCUGGUUUGGAAAUUUUUUUUUUGGUUUGUUGUCAUUUUCUUUAAGAUUAUCCCAUGUUGUAUGGUUAUUUUUUCCUUAGUUUCCACGCUCCGUAUUGUACUCAAACAAAACCGAGCAGUCACUAUUUUAACCCGACAGUUACGUUUCAACCACUGUGUUUCACACUAACCUAACGAGAAGUCCGCAGUUGUAAUAAUGCUAGUUGUUUCUGGCUUCUUUAUCGUGUGCAAUGUUCUUUACUUGCGUUGUGUGUUUUUGAAAAUUUUUAACUUUAUUCAUAACUGUUUUAAUUUCAGGUAUAAAAUACCAGUUUUAGUUCUUAACUCGGCUGUUAAUCCUUUUGCUUACGCUGUUUUUGAAAGGGACUUGAAGAAUGAAUUUAAAAGACUGAUUUGCACAGUGACUUCGACAAAA